GAUUUCCCAGAAUUCCGUGGUACCGGAAGCGUUCGGGAAGCCUGUGCUGUCGAUGCGGAACUGAUGAAGACAGUAAAUAAAAAGGCUUUGGCAACUUGCGCUUCAUCUCAACACGGGAUUUAAAAGCUGCAAAAAUGACAAACGUGUACUCUUUCGACGGCAUUCUUGUAUUCGGACUCCUCUUCGUUUGCACGUGUGCGUACCUGAAGAAGGUCCCUCGUCUCAACAGCUGGCUCUUGUCUGAGAAGAAAGGUGUCUGGGGAGUAUUUUACAAAGCUGCGGUGAUCGGCACUCGGCUUCACGUCGCUGUGGCGGCGUCCUGUUUGUUCAUGGGUUUUUACCUGAUUUUUCUGAAAUGACCUGGACAAAUCUGACUCUUGGACACUGGACUAUGGAAAGUGCUGGCAGAUGUCGCCCACUCCUGAAGACGACGACGACGCACAGAGACCCGACUCCACCUGCAGCUUAACACUGGUUCAGGACCUGCUUUCCAUUUCUGUACAUGUUUGACUUAAAGAUUGGAUUUUGGGGAACUCGGUCGUAGAUCAGAGUGAGGCGGUUAUUAGGAAAUGGAAAUGAAGCACCUAUUUAGGGAUUCAAACUUCACAUGUUUUUGUGUUGUUCUCUCAAACAUGCACAUGUUUUGCUUGGGCUUAUACAGGGUUACAGUAAAGAAGGUAGAAACAAACAAUCUUAUCUUGUACAAUUAUUGAAUAUAUGUUUUUUUUAAGCUAUUUUAGGUUUUUAUUGUCAUAACUGGCUUUACUUUAGUUAUCCCAAAUGUUUAUAAAGACCUAUUGUUUGUAGCAUGAUAAAAUGACCUAAAACGGUUUUCAAUGUUUCACGUUAAAGUGGGCAAAUUGAAGAGGAACCAUAAAAGCAAUUUAGUUUAGUAAUUGCAGUGUACUGGCUCAAAAAAAAAAAAAGCAUAACAUUAUUUUUUGAUAUUACAUAUGUGCCUAGGGACUUUAAUUUUAUUAUA